CUAUUGGCACAUAGGGGUGUUACUCUCGCUGUCAUAACUUUAUAUUUUAAUUAUUAGCGAUAAGUCAGAUACACUGGGUGUGAGACAAUUAUUGUUAUUUGGGGUAGUUUUCCAAUGGAUGUUUUAAAGUGUGUGACAUUGGGCUUGCUCUUUUCUUUUUCUAACUGUGAACUUGAAGUAAAAUGGUGUGUGACAUCUGCAAAAGAGAAAGUAAAAUGUGAAUCAUUAAGAACAUAUACAGCUAGUAAUGGUAUAGGUCAACUACGAUGUGUACCGACUGCUAGUAGAUAUGAAUGUUGGAGAUGGAUUAGAGAUGGUAAAGCUGAUCUCAUCAGAGUUGAUGAUACAGAGAUAUACGCUGCUGGAAAUCUGUAUGGACUUAUUCCUGUAGCCAAGGAAUCCUUUUCUGUGGACCGUAACGCCGACACAUUCAUGUAUAAAGCUGUGGUGAUGAUAAAGAAAGAUGGACCUAUUAAAUCUCUCCAUGAUCUUAGAGGUCGGAAAUCGUGUCACACGGGAGUGAGAAAAACUGUUGGCUGGGUAAUACCCGUAUCCUUCUUGUUCCAGAAAAGAAUCAUGUCUCAAGCAGAUUGUGAUAAUACUGUUAAAUCAGUAGCUGCAUUCUUCCAACAGAGCUGUGCUCCUGGAGCCUUUGUUAAAAUCAAUAAUCCUGGUGGAGACAACCCCACCAACGUCUGUGAAAUAUGUGACAGUAAAACAUGUCCGACCAAUGACAGAUAUUCAUCUUAUUUGGGAGCCUUUUCUUGUUUGAAUAAUGGUUUGGGCGAGGUAGCAUUUGUUAAACACUCUACAAUAGACGAUGCUAUCGCUAGUGGAAUGCAGGUAAACAAAGAAACGUUUCGUCUGUUGUGUGCUGAUGGCAGUUUAAAACAUGUAAACGAAUGGAACAAAUGUUACUGGGCUACGAGACCUACCGAUGUUAUAGUUACAUCUCCAGAUAAAAAUGAUUACGAUGUUGGACAAUUACGUCAUUUCUUAGAAAACCUCAAUUCGUCUGCCUCUGUUAACUUCUUUUCUUCUUCUGCGUUUGAUGGAAAAGAUUUGAUGUUUACUGAUAAUGUUAAGGCAUUAGUUGGUGUUGGGUCAUCCCAGUCUAAUUACAGAACAUAUUUAGAUGCGGGGUAUUUGAGUAGUAUGGAGAACUUUACUAAUUGUGGUGUUAGUUUUAAAUGGUGUGUAAUAUCACUGACAGAAUUAGAUAAAUGUAAUGAUAUGAGAGCUGCUAUGAUCUCGAAACGUUUAACACGUGAGCUCCAAUGUGUUAUGGCUGUUAGCCAUGAAGACUGUAUAGAUAAAAUCGAAAAAGGUGUGGCUGAUGUUACUAUAUUAGAUGGCGGGGAUUUAUAUACAGGUGGAAGGUAUCAAGGCAUUGUACCAAUAGCAGCAGAAACAUAUAAAAAUGUUGAUGCAGAAAGUACAAGUUACUGGGCAGUAGCUGUUGUACGUAAAGAAAACCGUGGAGUUAAUAUCAAAAACCUCAAAGAUUCCCGGUCAUGCCAUACUGGUAUUAUGAAAACGUCUGGCUGGAAUGUUCCAAUUGGUCUCCUUAUUGAAAGAGGAGAGAUCAAGAAAACUGAUCCAUGUAAUAUUGCUACAAAUGUUGGAGAAUUCUUCAAAGAAAGUUGUGUUCCGGGAGCUUUAGAUCCGGAAUAUGACCCACAUGGUAGAAAUCCUGAAAAUCUGUGUAAGCUUUGUGGCGGAAAAGAGUUCUGUAAACGAGAUGCUACAAAUAAGUACUACGGCUACCAAGGGGCACUACGUUGUCUGGUGGAGAAAAACGCAGACGUGGCGUUUGUUAAACACACAACUGUCGUUGAUAUCGUAAAUAGCGCUUCAAAGGAACCAUGGUCUCAAAAUUUACAACUGUCCAAUUUUGAACUUUUAUGUCAAGAUGGUUCUAGAAAACCGGUGACUCAAUGGGCGACGUGUAAUCUAGCACAGGUUCCGUCACAUGCUGUGGUCACUAGUAAAAGGACGCCAGCAACUACAAGAAAGCAUUAUCAACGAAUAUUAAGUCAAACACAGUAUUACUAUGGUAACAUUAGUACCAUUUUCCAUUUAUUCCGUUCCCCAAGCGGUUCCAAAGACGUCAUAUUUAAGGACAGUACAGUUGAAUUAACAAAUAUUCCAGAGUUUAAACAGGAUUAUAAGACAUGGCUUGGUGCUGAAUACCUUAGAUCACUAGAAGCUAUUGACGUUCAUCAGUGUUCUAAUGGUGUAGUAGCGAGAAUUAAUAUUGGUAUAAUAUUAAUGUAUACAUUAGUCUUAUUAAUGUAACAUAUUUUACUUAAUGAUACAAAUGUAUUCAUGUCACACAUAUUUUUAAUGACUUCCAUGGUUAAAGAUGCAUUAUGUAAGGGCUAAAUCUGCCUAUGGGGGGUCUUUUUGCUAGUCUCAUUUUAUUAUUUAAAGAUUUAUUCACAUGACAAGCCCAUAAUCAACUCUCUAGAUAUUUAAUGGAUUAGAACCCACUUGCCAUACUCGACAACCGAAACUAUCUUGUAACAAAGUCAAACCUUUAUCUUGUAAAGUAAUUUGACUGAAAUUUUCAAUAUAUUCAUUUCUCAUUAUUUAUAUUUGAACCAUUAUAACAAGAAUGACCCGCUCAUUAUCUAAAUCUUACAUAAUGCAUCUUUAAUGGACAAAUUUAUUAUUUCAUAUUUUGAGUUCACCAAUAUUGACCUCAAAUCCAAACAGCUAACACUUUUUUAUUGUAUUUAUUUAAACAAUCUUAAGCGACCCGAGCAAAUAUUAUUUUAUAUAUUUAAGUUAUGUCCAAGUAGCAAACACUUUUUGAUGUAUUUAUUUAAACAAUUUGUUUAUAGUGACCCCGAUUAUACCUGAACUGUAUAUCCUAUCAGCAACGCAGUGUUUUUCUUUUCGGAUAAAAUACAAUAGAGAAUUUAGCCUUUAUAACUAACGUAAAAUCAAACUCUUUUUAUAUAUUUAUAUAGUCGUUUGGGUGGGUCGAAAAACCAUGGUCUCGUGUACACGUUGGUACAUGUAAAAGAAGCCUUAGCAGUUAGAAUUCAAAAAAGAGUAGGCUGUAGAGUUGGUGUCCGGACAGAAUUUCCUGUAUGGCAUACACCCUACUUCAUUAGCCUAAUCGGUGCAGAAAGAGUUCGGAAGUUAAACUCCAUUUCAUUUCAUUUCAUUUAUAUGUUUAUAAUCUUACUAAACGAAUAUUUAAUAUUCGUUUAAUCUGCAUGCAUGACAAAUACAAAUGUCGCUUUUUGUUAGGUCAUUUAGCAGGGUGUGGGGGCUCUGCAUUAAAAAAUUGUGACUGUUCUUCAUUGGUAGUCGAUUGGUCCAACGCAUGCCCUUGGGGUCUUUAAUUGGUGGGGUUUCGAUCCUACAUCUCCUGUGCGUUUUCUGGGUCCUCCAAUUUCCUCCCACUGCUAAAGACCCCUACGAGCAAGCGAGUUAUUGAAAUAAAAUUAGUUAGUCCCCCAAAAUGGUCUGGUUUUUGUUGACUGAACGUUGAUUCUCUUUCUCUCUCUCUCUCUCUCUC